GAACCUCAGCUGCGUCGGCCGGAGGUACUCGGCGCAAUGUACCACCAACGUCACUCGUGAGGCUCGCGACACGGGCGAGAGCUAUGGCCAUCCGGUCCAUCAGCGGCGGUCCCACCGUCCCAAGCGGUUUCUCCUAGGAAAGGCCCUCUCACUACGACCACAACCGUCAAUUUUCAAAGUCACCCUGGUCCGACAUGUCACCACGGUCACGGUAUUCUCUUUCGCGACUCUCCGCCCGCGAGACGACUGGGCCAGAACCACCACGUCUUUCUUCACCCGGUUUUCACCCGCCAUUAUCCCACAGUCCAGCCCACACACGUACGUUGCUGCCCGCACUUUUCUUGGUUCGCCCACGGGCCCCCGACUUGUCCGUUUGAUGCAUGUUGCUGUGGACUGUGGGAGUGUGUGGGAGUGUGGGUUAGCCAGUACCAGCAAUGUGGGUAUCGUUUUCUUCCUUUCCUUUCGGUUUUUCGAUUUUUCGUUGUUUAGCAAGCAAACCAAGAUGCCCACGCCCACCCCGACUGCCCUGCUUGGUCAGAGACGUGAUCAUGAGGCAUGAAAAGCACCUUUCCAUCAGUCAAAGUGUGGAAACGUAUGCGGAGGCAUACGGGGAUAUACGGGGAGUGAAAUGGGUUCCCAAUGGGUGAGAACGGGGUGAGCAUCUGCUCAUUCCUUCCUUGCUUGCUUCCUUCCCUUCUUCGCGCCUUCCGUUGUUCUUUCCGCCAUGCCAUGCCAUGCCGUGCAAGGAUAGGUACCUCUCCUUCCGUGCUUCCUUCCAUACCUUGGCCAAGUACCGGAAUAAGGUAACCACUUAUGGUACAUACCUUACCUUAGUAAGUACUAGGUAAAGUAAGUAACUUGGGUAGGAAGCAAAGUGAGGAAGGUACGAAGCGGAAAGUAGGUACGUCCCAACCCGGAGCCGUGGUCGCGAGACCCAGUCCCCGGGCACUCCCCAGUCCCGCCGUACCUUCCCAGUCAACCCAGACUACCUACACUACUCCGUACCUUAUGGAACUGUGGGAAGGACCUGCUCGUCUCCUGACCUCUUUCCCCUAAUACAAAAAGAAUCCUUUCCUUCCCCCAUCGUCUACUCUUGGCCCCCUUUCCUCCUUCCCAUCCCACACUUCUCCAGACUAAUCAGAGUUUUAUCUCAACUACCUUGUCCCUCUCCACACCUCGACAGCUCAAGGCAGGUAUAAUACCUUCCUUCCUCCCUCCUCCUCCUUCUUGAAGCAAACACUCAACAACACCAACACCAACAAGAACCUCGUUCUCACCCAGAGACAUCAUCACCCUCGGAACCAACAGACUUAUCCCUCCCGCCUCUACAUCCUCCCCUGGAUCGAGAACACCAAACCCACCCCCACAUUAUCCAUCCCCAUAUCGACGCAUUUCGUCAGCAUCGCCCAUCAUGCAGUUCCCCAAGCUCGGUGGCAAGGGCGUAGAGCAUAAGGACCGGACGGAAGCCGACGCUCCCACCUCGGAUUCUAGCUCCGAUAUCACGGCUGAGCAGAAGAUUACCUUCGCCGCCGCUUUCCUCGGUCUCGUUGCCAGUAUCGGUGGUUUCAUGUUCGGUUAUGUCAGUGGUCAGAUUUCCGGUUUCUUCCUGAUGGAAGACUUCAUGCAGCGCUUCGGUGAGCCCCAGAAUGGCACCUACGUCUUCAGCGCCGCUCGCCAGGGUACCAUCGUCGGUCUCUUGUGUAUCGGCUGUCUCGUCGGUGCUCUCACUGCCGGCAAGCUCGCUGACACUCUCGGCCGUCGUCUGACCAUCUCGCUCUUUGCCUUCUUCUCCUGCAUUGGUAUUGUCAUCGAGAUCUCCUCCACCACCAAGUGGUACCAGUUCGCCAUUGGCCGCCUCGUUAACGGCGUCGGCAUCGGUGCCCUCUCCGUCGUCGUUCCCAUGUACCAGUCCGAGUCUUGCCCCGCCAUCAUCCGCGGUGUCAUUGUCUCCACCUACCAGCUCUUCAUCACUCUCGGCAUCUGGCUCGCCGAGAUUGUCAACUUCGCGACCCACAACAAGGCCGGCUCUGCCUCCUGGCGCAUCCCCAACGGUCUCGGCUUCGCCUGGGCCCUCAUUCUCGGCGCCGGUAUCCUCCUCCUUCCCGAGUCCCCCCGUUACGCCUUCCGUCAAGGUCGCGAGGACGAGGCUCGCCGCAACAUUGCCAAGCUUGCCGGAGUCGAGCCCAAUGCCGCCUCUGUCAACCUUCAGAUCGAUGAGAUCCGCGCCAAGGUCGCUGAGGAGUCUGCUGGCGCCGACACCAGCAUCUGGGAGAUCUUCACCGGCCCCCGCAUGUUCUACCGUACCAUUCUCGGAAUUGUGCUUCAGGCCGGUCAGCAGCUCACCGGCGCCAACUUCUUCUUCUACUUCGGAACCACCGUCUUCUCCGCCACCGGUCUCAGCGACAGCUACGUCACUCAGCUCAUUCUCGGAUCCGUCAACGUCGCUUGCACCUUUGGUGGUCUGGUUGUCGUCAAGAAGUCUGGCCGCCGUAUUGCUCUCAUCGUCGGUGCUCUGUGGAUGAUGAUGUGCUUCUUCGUCUAUGCCUUUGUCGGUCACUUCGCUCUUGACACCGUCACCCCCUCCAACACCCCCCAGGCCGGCGCCGUUCUCGUUGCCUUCUCUUGCCUGUUCAUCGCCGGUUUCGCCACGACCUGGGGUCCCCUCGUCUGGGCUGUCGUCGCCGAGCUGUACCCUGCUCGCUACCGUGCUCCCGCCAUGGCUCUUGCCACCGCCUCCAACUGGCUCUGGAACUUCCUCAUGUCCUUCUUCACCCGCUACAUCACCGAUGCCAUUGACUAUCUCUACGGUCUCGUCUUCGCUGGCUGCUGUGCUGCCCUGGCUGUCAUUGUCUUCCUCUUCGUCAUCGAGUCCAAGGACCGCACCCUCGAGGAGAUUGACACCAUGUACGUCCAGCACGUCAACCCCAUCACCUCUGCGAAGUGGCGUGGCGAGGUGCACAAGCACCACCACGAGUCCGCCAGCGAGGAGGAGAAGGUCAAUGCCACUGCCUAA